UAAUGAUAACUAUUGCCUAAAUAUUGUUGUUUUGUUUUGUAUUAUGUGGUUAAUUAAAGCCGGUUUCUUACAAAAUCAUGAGCAUAAAGAUAUUUUUACCCACUAAUUACUUUUAUCUAAAACGGCCCUGUAAUUUAUACGGACAAUUGCACAUAAGCGAUGAUAAUGUUGUGGUAUACUAUGUGGUCGAUGUUGACAACAAUAAAUGCAAUACGGAGUCGAGUAAUAUGCGCUUCCUGGGUGCAAUCCGAUGCAGUGACUCCUAUGCGGAUAGCAAUUACUGUAGUGCCCAUGAUAUGAUGUUAUGUUUCACAUACAAUAAUGAGUCGCCGAAUAUUUCGCUUAUGUUUACUGGAAUCACGCCCGAAAAUCUCAAACAAAUAAAGCUUAUUCUUUACGAUAAACAAAUUGUACGUAGUUUGGUUAUAAAUGGAUACAACACACUCAACCAUUGGACAAGAGAGAGUCAGAUUAACGAUGAGUGCGAUUUCUAUAUGUUGGCUCGAUUGGUUCAACCCGAGCCGGAGUCGGGCACGUUCCGUAAAUCCGAAGGACUCUGGUUCUAUGGAAGCCAACCAUUGUGCUUGCUAGCGAAUCUUCCCAUGCAAUUGUUUAAACAUAUUGUUGGCAAUGCAUUUGUAAAUGGCAUAAUAACCCAUACCGUUAUCUUUAAGCAUUACAAGGAAUGGCAAACCAUAUAUGCAGCGGGUUCUAGAUUGACCAACAUAAUGAUAGAUCGUGCAUUGGGCAUCCUAUUGAUGUUCCUGUUAUUUUCGCUUGCUUCUCAUCCAGGUGAUUUCCUCAUUCAAAUCUCACACAUCAUUAUCAGUCAGCUGUACAGUCUUCUAAAGGUUUUAGAAGGAAGUCCCAUCGGCCUAAAGCUUAACAUACAUUUGAAUAACUUUUUUCUUGAUUGCUUCAAGUAUCACAUUGAAUUGUGGUCCACAUUUUUGGAUUUAAUUGAACCAAUUGUACGGCAAGUAUUUCUUGCGAUCGGAGCAUUUGGAUGCUUAGGAUUUACCUACCAAAUCGCCUUGCUAGCGGAUUUAAUAUCAAUUGUCGGAUUGCACGCUCAUUGCUUCUACGUCUAUACUAAAGUGUUAAACAAUGUGGGUGUAAAGGGACUUACCGUAUUAUGGCAAGUGGUACGAGGCAAUCGUUAUAAUAUCUUAAGAAAUAGAAUCGAAGCCCAUAACUAUAUGAAUCGACAGCUUUAUCUAGCAACAAUAUUUUUCUCUGCCAUAUUAUUCUUAUUUCCUACAACUCUUGUCUACUACGUUGUAUUUGCAACCCUAAAGGGGCUCACCUUCGCAACAUUGGCCAUACUAGAGUUUUUUCGACGCAAGAUUUUAAAUUUCCCCAUUGAAAUGUUUCUUAAAUGCGUUAAAAAGGGAUUUCAUGAAAUUGACUGCUUACGUGUGCUGGACAUUCCACUUCAAAAACAAUUAUUUUUUAACCAUCGAAAUUCGAAAAUAUUAAUAUUUGUCUAUAAGCUACAAGUAUAAGGCAAAUUAAAAUAUAAUGUAUUUACUAUUUGUAUUUAAUUAAAUUGUGGUUUCUAUCAUACUGUCUUACUGUGAUAAAACUUAAAUAGAAUUUUUA